AUGGGCUUGAUCAUCGCGAGGCAAGAGGCUGAACGCCUUGACAUCGAGACCUCGCAUAACAAGGCGAUGGAGUUCAUUCAAAUACACCAUCCAGACUACCUUGGUAACGGUGAGGUGCUGGGUCUAGAUGUAGGCUCUACUAGUAGGAGGGAUGAUAGGACAAGACAUGCAUCACUCGACACCAUCACCAGAGGCUCUAUCCUGACCGACUCCGAUCAAGAUCCGGGUGAGGGUGAGGAGGCCAACGACAUGUUCAUCAAUGCUUGUAGGAAAGGCCGAUAUUGGCUGGUUGAG